UAAGGGGCGGCUGUGGAAGGCAGAAAAUUCCGCGCCUUACAGUCUCGCUCCCUCUCUCGCUCUCGCUCUCGCUCUCGCUCUCAUGGCGACGAUUUCAUCUGCGUCUGCUCUCUCCUUUUCUACGCUUCCGGUGAAGGUUACUGGAAAAUCCCUCUCCGGGCUUGCCCCCAACAUGCUCCUAUCUUCUCAUAGGCUUUCUUUCGAUGCUUCCCCAAUUAACCUCACGAACACCUCUGCAAGAAGGGGAUGGGUGGCCGCUGCUACUCUCAGGACCGAGGCUUCCACCGACGGCAGGGCCGAGGCGGAGACGAAGGUGGGAAGCGGAAGCCGACCCCGUGUUUCGCUUCCUUUUCGGGUCGGCCAUGGGUUUGAUCUUCAUAGGCUGGAGCCAGGCCUACCGUUGAUUAUAGGGGGGGUCGAUAUCCCUCAUGACAGAGGAUGCGAAGCUCAUUCAGAUGGAGAUGUGCUGUUGCAUUGUGUUGUCGAUGCAAUUUUGGGAGCUUUGGGACUUCCGGACAUCGGUCAGAUUUUCCCUGACAGUGAUCCUAAAUGGCGUGGUGCAGCAUCAUCAGUCUUUGUGAAAGAAGCUGUCAGGCUUAUGCAUGAGGCAGGUUAUGAUCUUGGAAACUUAGAUGCCACAUUGAUACUGCAGAGACCAAAACUGAGCCCACACAAGGAGGCUAUACGUGCCAACUUAUGUGAGUUGCUUGGGGCUGAUCCAUCUGUAGUCAAUCUUAAGGCAAAGACUCAUGAGAAAGUUGACAGCCUUGGGGAGAAUAGAAGCAUCGCUGCCCACACUGUAGUCCUCUUAAUGAGAAAGUGAUCUGCCUUGACAUGGCCAGAUAGAUAGAUUUAUAGCCCUAUGAUGCAAUCGUUCUGCUGUGGUCCCUUGAAGAUGCACAUUUGGGUGCAGCUAGUAUUAAUGUGAAAAGAGUGGGGUCGUUUUCUCCCUGACUUCUUGGUUAUGUUUAUCCUUCGGGAGAUGGUUUUGUAUUCAUGUAUCCUGAGGCUUUUUGCCUUGUAGUAAAUAUCCCAAUUAUAAAUGAUCAAUUUAGAUGUUAUGUUC